AACGUUGGAGCAGACGUAUGCCGAGAGAGUGAGUUCUGCGUGACCUUUUGAUGCUGCAAAUGUGGAACUUGAAACCAAGCUAUGCCGACAUAAAUGGAGUUCUUACCCAAAAUAAACUGGAAAUCGUCCCUGGCCAGCUGGACCAAACGAACAACUGUCUAAUGAUUACCUACCAGUGAUCAGCAUGGGCCGGAUCUUCUUGGAUCACAUUGGUGGCACUCGCCUCUUCUCUUGCGCCAACUGUGACACUAUUCUGACCAACAGAGCAGAGCUGAUCUCCACACGCUUCACUGGAGCCACAGGCCGGGCCUUCCUCUUCAACAAGGUUGUCAAUCUCCAGCACAGCGAGGUUCAAGACAGGGUCAUGCUGACGGGAAGACACAUGGUACGGGACGUCAGCUGCAAGAACUGCAACAGCAAGCUGGGGUGGAUGUACGAGUUUGCUACGGAGGAAAGCCAGCGUUACAAGGAGGGCCGAGUCAUCCUGGAGAGGGCGCUAGUGAGGGAGAGCGAGGGUUUCGAGCACGUACCCACAGACACCUCUUGAAAAGUAUUGCGGGGUGUUAGCCUUACAGUCGCUCAAAGUCCGCGCGUACCACAGCUCUGCCUCUGACCGCAGUGCACCGACUUGCAUAUAAAGGGAGAGUCCCGACAACGCCGAAAUAUCACAGUUUAAACAAGAAAAGUGUGUAACAACAUUGCUUCCAUUUCUCUUUAAACUGCCUUGAAUGUCAUUGUGUUCACUGGCUGUGAUGUUGAAUAUGGUGCCAUAGAAUCAGGAUGGAGGGAUGGGUUGCAUACUCGCUUUGGCCAGUUUAGACUGUUCAGUCUAAUGAAGUGAGGGGAAGAUUAUCAUUUAUGCAACAUUCUUUCAGUGUGUUGCCAGGUUUGAAACUAUUUAAUUUUCAUACAUACAUCAUACCAAUCAACUAUUAUUGAUUGGUUUUAUACAUACCGGUACAUACACACAGGAUGAUUAGUACAUUUUUGUUGCAAGGGUUAAAACUUUCCAGCUGAUAUUUGAACUGUUACCUCUUUUGGUGCAGUGCAUCCAGAAAGUAUUCACAAUGCUUCACUUUUCCCACAUUUUGUAACGUUACAGCCUUUUUCCAAAAUGGAAAUAAUCAAUUUUUUUCCCAUAAGGAACAGUGUGAAAAGUUUAAAAACAUUCUGAAUGUACAUAAGUACCACAUUUGCUCAACAGCCCUUUUGGCAGCAAUUACUGCCUUACGUAUAUUUGAAUACGAUGCCACCCAUCGACACCUAUCUCUGGGCAGUUUCGCCCAUUCCUUUUUGCAGCCCCUCUCAAGAUCCAUCACAUUGGAUGAAAAGUGUUGGUUGUAAUCCAGGAUGUCUCUGUACAUUAAUGCAUUCAUCUUUCCCUCUAUCCUGACUAGUCUCCCAGUUCCUGCUGCCGAAAAACAUCCCCACAGCAUAAUGCUGCCACCACCAUGCUUCACUGUAGGGAUGGUAUUGGCCUGGUGAUGAGCAGUGCCUGCUUUCCUCCAAACAUGACUGGCUUCCACGCCAAAUAGUUUAAUAUUUGUCUCAUCAGACCAGAUAGUUUUGUUUCUCAUGGUCAAGAGUAUUUCAGGUGCAUUUUGGAAAACUUUUUACAAAGAAAUGGCUUUCGUUUAGCUACUCUACCAUACAGGUCAGAUUGGUGGUUUGCUGCAGAGAUGAUGUUCUCUUCUCUCCACAGAGUAAGUUUGUAGUUUUGACAGUGUGACCAUCUGGUUCUUGGUCACCUCCCUGACUAGACUAAGAUGAAUGCAGCAAUGUACAGAGACAUCCUUGAUGAAAACCAAUGCUUCCCAUCCAACCUGACGGCGCUUGAGAGGCGCUGCAAAGAAGAAUGAGUGUUACUGGCCAAAGAGCGGUGUGCCAAGCUUGUGGCAUCGUAUUAAAAAAGACUUGAGGCUGUAAUUGCCGCCAAAGGUGAAUCGACAAGUAUUGAGCAUAUGGUUUUUUAGUACGUUAAAUAAAUUAGAAAAGUUAUUUGUGGUAUCUGAGCCGAGGAUGUUUUGUGGCUUGUGCAGCCCUUUUGAGACACGUGAUUUCGGGCUAUAUAAGUAAAGAUUGAUUGAUAUUUCAAAAAACCUUUUCACGUUGUCAUUGUGGGGUAUUGUGUGUAGAAUUUUGAGGACUUUAUUUUCUAUAACAAAAUAUGAAAAAUAGUGAAGCACUGUGAGUACUUAAAGGAUGCACUGUAAAUGUAGUUGUUUAUGUGACACUUGAAAAAAUACAUACUCUUCAUGUAGAUGUGUUCUUUGGCGCAUGUUGUACCUCAAUCACUGGAAAAUAGUUAACUAUUGUCGUUAUCAAUAAAAUCAUGAAUUCAAAA